AUGCCCGCAUCGCGUCUACUCGCGCCCCGCGCACCCUCCGCUCUCGCCGACCUCACCGCAGCGAUUCGGAUUCACGACGCACCUGCCGCGGCUGCAGCCUUCUAUUUAUCUUCAUGCAACUUGGCGCUUUUUCCGCACGGCUUUGGGGCCGGAAUUGGCGAGCGGGGUGUUGGCAGCUCCUCGCGGUGCGGCUGCCACCAGCAGCGCAGCUGCCGCGCUAGGCGGCACGCUCGACUGCUCGCUGCGCGCACACGUAAAGAAUUCAUCGCGCGAGCCGCCAUUCGCUCUACUUUUCCGCCUCCCUCUAGUCCUUCUGCUUCCGCGGGCCGCGUUCACGCCGCCAUUGCUGCAGGUGCCGCUGCGACCGUGGAGGCGCAAUCUGCGGCCAGCGCGGCUCUGCCUACCGUUUUAAUUCCCACUGUUCUGCCACGUGGCAUCGAGCAAGACAAAGGCGAAAGCCAACCAUCGAUGAAUCUCGACACUUGGGCGGGCGGCUCGGCGCAGAAUGCAGCGGGCCGCGCAGAAGUAAGCCAAGAGAUGCCUAUCACUGUCUUCAGUGCCUUGCGCCCUCCAUGCCGCAACCGUACGCCCUCGUCGUCCACCUCAUGUACCCCACUUCCCUACCCAAACCUCCCCUCUCUCACCCUUCCCCGUCUACGCGCGCGCCUCGCCCCCCUCUUCCCCCUGCCAGUGCAAAGCGACGGCAGCGUCAUCCUGCGCUUCGCCCCCCUGCCCGACCCCCUCGCGCCCACCGCGCACGCUCUCGACCCUGCCGUCGCAGCACCAUACGCUGAGCGAGACAGAGGCGCGGGGGCAGCGCGGCGGGGAGAGGGGGAGCGCGCGAGGGAGGUGCGGGCGGACGCGAGGGUGGUGGCGUUCGUGACGGCGUGCACGAGCGAGUUCAGCCGCGAGGUGCCCGACGCACUCAUAGAGGAGAUCGUGGGGCUGCCGCUCCGCCUUACCCCAGUGGACCACGUGGCAAAGUGGGUGGCCAUCUCAGCGCACCACACCGUCACCGCAAUCAACCACGCCAUCCACCUGCCAGCCUCCGCCCUCCACCUCCACCACCACUCCCUGCCCUCCCUGCCGCACGUGCUUGGCCUGGCCAAGCCCCUCCUGCCUUCCACCCCCUCUUCCUCCCCUUCCACUGCACCUCCUGUGGUGGCCCAAACGGCACCACUGCAAGGUGGUCAAUCUCCGCCCCCUCUAGCCAUACCAAUGUCUGCAGCAACAGCCUUGCCAGCCCACCGUGUUCCUCCCUCGCCAGCCUCCCCUCCACCCGCCUCCCCAGCUGCCUCUAUUGCUGUCACUGCCAUCACCGGUGUCGUGCUGGCAGGCUUGGUUCAGUUCCUAGCCUCGCUUGCAGGUCUGGUGGGACGUGUGCCGGGCGGCAGCAGUGGGGUGGGUCAGAGGAGGCUGCUGUGGAACCUUCCAGCAGCGACGGUGCUACUGCUGGUGCCGGCGGUGAAGGUGUGGGCGGCAUGGUGGCAUCAGCACCGCGGGCAGAAUGUGGUUGCAGCUGUUGAGGCGAAGGGUUUGUAG